CUCUAUUGAUCAUGGACGUCUUCUAUCAACACUACUGAAAGGACAAAGAAUAGGCAGUAAUCUGGUGAUUGCUGGCUCCCGCCCACCUCCGAACGAUUCACUAUGGAUCGGAUUCGAAAUCAAGGUUAUGAUGUGA